GGCGUCUUUGCUUGGGGGUGCAGGGAUAGUGAGUUCAUAGGCAUUUUGCACAGCUGCCAAACGGCCAGUGUCUGCCUCUCCCACGAUUUACAAAACAUUCGUGCCUGUGUGCAAAGAGACUGGCAUUUUAGCUUCUGCAACUUCGCCAGCAAGAUUCCUAUCUGGUAGAUUUCUUGCCUGUGUAACUUACAAGAGCAAGCCCCGAUGCCUGGAAGGGAGCCGGAUGCAGGGUUCGCCCCAGUGUUUGCCCUGCUGCUGCUUGAGGGAAAUCUUUGCAGGGGGAUUUGGCCGCGUACAGAGAGAGAGAGAGAGAGAGAGAAACGCACAGAAGGCAGCGCCGUAUCACCUAGAAAUCGGUAACGGAAGAGGGAAAUGUAGAUCCAUAUGAAGAAAAAAGGCAUUCUCUUAUUCUAUGAUAUGUCAUGCAGAAUGUGACUGGAAGGAAGGAUGAUCCUGAACAUAAUCAUGCUAAGUGUGCUGAGAAGCAGCAUUUGGUGGAACACCGCCCUUUUGGAUGACACAUGGAAGCAGCAAAGGAAGCUAGUGAAGGCAAUACAGACUGCUUAUGACCAUACUGUUAUGUGGAAAUGAACAAGGAGAAGAGCUUGUAUCAAAGGGAGGCAGAAAGUUAGUGGAUGGUGAAAGAGGGAGCUAGUUGGGAAAACUUCAGGAAGCAUUGCACGUUGAAAGCACAUCCUGUAAUUUUAGUGACAAGCGAUGGCAUUAAAUUCCCCACAAUCGCUAUUGGUAUUACAGGAUAUAGACCUGCAGCUAAUUGGAUUUGAUUUAUAAGAGGGGAAUCUGCAGUAGAUGGCCGCUCUCUGCAUAUUGCCACUAUGGAAAACAGAAUUGUCAAUAGGAUGUAGGCUGAUAAAUAGUGCUGUGUGAAGAUGCUGCUUCAAUAAGUGUGAAAUCAAUGGAAGAUACUUGUCGUGUGAAAAGCCUUUUGAGAUUUUUCUGACAGGCUCAUAUUUAGGAAACUUGAUCCAUUUCCUGCGGUUGCCCUGUUUUUACACAAGUGGAUACGAAUAAGAUUGCUUCAUUGUAGCUAUACAACUAAUGUGGGACCAUGGCCCUUCCAAGAUCCGUAUGGCUGAACUGCGUAUGGAGAGCGAUGAUGGUCCGUUUAUUACACAUGGGAUUGGAUGCCACUUUUGUUCUUUGUAUACUUGGAUUUUUGCUUCAUGCUGCAGCUGUGUCCUCACAAAAAUUGGAUGAUAUUGACCCACUCGUGACCACCAACUUUGGCAAGAUAAGAGGGAUUAAGAAGGAACUUAAUAAUGAAAUUUUGGGGCCUGUUGUUCAGUUUCUUGGGGUUCCGUAUGCUGCCCCACCAGUAGGAGAGCAUCGCUUUCAACCUCCUGAACCUCCAUCUCCCUGGUCAGAUAUCAAAAAUGCUACUCAGUUUGCUCCAGUGUGUCCGCAGAACAUUAUAGAAGGCAGAUUGCCUGAAGUCAUGCUUCCUGUGUGGUUUACUAAUAACUUGGAUGUAGUUUCUACCUAUGUACAAGAUCAGAAUGAAGACUGCCUCUAUUUAAAUAUAUAUGUCCCAACUGAGGAUGUCAAAAGAAUAUCCAAGGAAUGUGCCAGAAAACCCGGCAAGAAAAUUUGUAGAAAAGGAGGUCCCCUUACAAAGAAACAGACAGAUGAUUUAGGUGAUAAUGACGGUGCUGAAGACGAAGACAUUCGGGACAGUGGGGGACCUAAGCCAGUGAUGGUGUAUAUUCAUGGAGGGUCCUACAUGGAAGGCACUGGAAAUUUAUAUGAUGGCAGUGUUCUGGCAAGUUAUGGCAAUGUGAUAGUCAUCACAGUCAACUAUCGCCUUGGGGUACUUGGUUUCUUGAGUACUGGGGAUCAAGCAGCAAAAGGAAAUUAUGGCCUCCUUGAUCUAAUCCAGGCUUUGCGAUGGACUAGUGAAAAUAUUGGGUUCUUUGGUGGUGACCCAUUAAGAAUAACUGUUUUUGGAUCCGGUGCAGGCGGUUCGUGCGUCAAUCUGUUGACUUUAUCCCAUUAUUCUGAAGGUAACCGUUGGAGCAAUUCAACCAAAGGACUUUUUCAAAGAGCAAUAGCUCAAAGUGGAACAGCUCUCUCCAGCUGGGCAGUUAGUUUCCAACCUGCAAAAUAUGCCAGGAUGUUGGCUACAAAAGUUGGUUGCAACAUGUCAGACACUGUAGAAUUGGUAGAGUGUCUGCAGAAGAAGCCUUAUAGAGAACUUGUGGACCAGGACAUUCAACCAGCGCGAUACCACAUAGCCUUUGGACCAGUAAUUGAUGGUGAUGUGAUACCAGAUGAUCCUCAGAUAUUGAUGGAACAAGGAGAAUUCCUGAACUAUGACAUAAUGUUGGGAGUUAACCAAGGGGAAGGUUUAAAAUUUGUUGAAAAUAUAGUUGAUAGUGAAGAUGGCAUAUCAGCUAGUGAUUUUGACUUUGCUGUUUCCAAUUUUGUCGAUAACUUAUAUGGAUACCCUGAAGGCAAAGAUAUAUUGAGAGAAACUAUUAAAUUUAUGUAUACCGACUGGGCAGACCGACACAAUCCGGAGACCAGAAGGAAAACACUGCUAGCUUUAUUUACUGAUCACCAGUGGGUUGCACCAGCAGUGGCUACAGCAGAUCUUCACUCGAAUUUUGGAUCGCCUACAUACUUCUAUGCCUUCUACCAUCAUUGCCAAACAGAUCAGGUACCUGCUUGGGCAGAUGCAGCCCAUGGAGAUGAGGUUCCUUAUGUACUGGGAAUCCCUAUGAUUGGUCCUACUGAAUUAUUUCCCUGUAAUUUCUCCAAAAAUGAUGUCAUGCUAAGCGCAGUGGUGAUGACAUACUGGACAAACUUUGCAAAAACUGGUGACCCAAAUCAACCAGUCCCACAAGAUACAAAAUUCAUUCAUACUAAACCCAAUCGUUUUGAGGAAGUAGCAUGGACCAGAUACUCUCAAAAAGACCAACUGUAUCUUCACAUUGGAUUAAAACCACGAGUGAAGGAACAUUACAGGGCCAAUAAAGUGAACCUGUGGCUGGAACUGGUACCUCAUCUGCACAAUCUUAAUGACAUUUCACAGUAUACCUCGACCACAACUAAAGUGCCAUCAACUGAUAUUACUUUCAGACCAACAAGGAAAAAUUCUAUACCUGUUACUUCAGCCUUUCCUACAGCCAAACAAGAUGAUCCCAAACAACAACCAAGUCCAUUUUCAGUGGAUCAAAGGGACUAUUCCACAGAGUUGAGUGUUACUAUUGCAGUUGGAGCAUCAUUGCUAUUCCUAAACAUUCUGGCCUUUGCAGCAUUGUACUACAAAAAGGACAAGAGGAGACAUGAUGUUCAUAGGAGAUGUAGCCCACAGCGUACUACUACCAAUGAUCUUGCCCAUGCACAAGAAGAGGAGAUAAUGUCCCUCCAAAUGAAGCACACUGACUUGGAUCAUGAAUGUGAGUCCAUCCAUCCACAUGAGGUGGUUCUUCGGACCGCCUGUCCCCCAGACUACACACUAGCUAUGAGAAGGUCUCCUGAUGAUAUUCCCUUAAUGACACCCAACACCAUUACAAUGAUUCCCAACACUAUACCAGGGAUUCAGCCCCUACACACAUUCAAUACCUUUACUGGAGGACAGAAUAAUACUCUGCCCCACCCACAUCCCCACCCCCAUUCACAUUCAACAACCAGGGUAUAGCCAGACAAGAUGAAACAAACUUUAUUUUUUUUUGAUGGAUUACAGUAGGUGACAUUAAUGAAGAUUACUUGGCUUUCAACCUACAAG